CAAUGCGUAUGCACGCCGCUCGAAGUAUCCAAUCCGCUCCAGUCAAAUAUCAGUCGAUGUCGUGAAGUGUGUAGUGCAUUGAGAAUUGUGUUGAAUAUAUCGUGUUGUUUUGGAUAUUAAUUUAUAAUUAGACCCUGACAGUUACGAGGAAUACGAAACAAAUGGAGAAAGAGUCCUUGGAGGGAUCGAUUGGAAAGCAAAACGAUCCAGCUAGUACAGAAACGCAGGAAGAAGUUACUUCCGAAACCGUUCAACAGACAACUGACAAAGGAUGUACUACUGAUUCUGUUAGAACCGAACAAGACAAAGCACCACCAGAUCCUUCAAAUGACCAAGCAGAAAAGGAUUCUACUGAAGAUCCCGAGCGCAAUGAAGAGACAUCAGGAAGUACAUCCAAUAAAGAUAACUAUACUGAGCAUAUCCAUUAUGAAAAUAAUGUAGCUAUAUACACUGAUCCUAGCACCUCUUACCAAUAUGUUUGGAAUGAUGAUAAAAAUGAAUGGGUUUCCAGAGUGGCUGAAUCGAACACUUCAACGGACGAUAGUUCUGUGCCUAAACAGGGUGAAUAUGGAUUUGAGGGCGAUCAUCAUACUUACACCGAUGCCGAGGGUGUCGUUUAUAUUUGGGACACAGAAAAAUCUGCAUGGUUCCCGAAGGUAGAUGAUGAGUUUAUGGCUAGGUAUCAGCUUAGUUACGGAGUAAAUCCUCCAGAAAGUAACGCAGAACAAACUAGUGUAAAUGAGCCAAAGGAAUGUCGUAAAUCUGGUGCAGAAAAAAUGACAAAGGAAGAAGCUUCCGACAAAGCAUCAGAAGGCAAAAAACGUCCUGCGGCACAAGAACCUGCAUGGUUUGAUAUACCUAAUGAACAAAAUACAAAGGUUUACGUAACUGGUUUACCAGAAGACAUCACGGAAGAGGAAUUUGUAGAAGUCAUGUCUAAGUGUGGUCUUGUUGAGCGUGAUUCUAAAACUCAGAAAAUGAAAGUGAAAAUCUACAUGGACAGUAAUGGUUAUCCAAAAGGAGAUGCUCUUUGCACGUACAUAAGAGUAGAAUCUGUUGAAUUGGCUCUUAACCUUUUGGAUGGUUCAGAUGUACGGGGUCAUCGUAUUGGGGUGCAACGAGCUAAAUUUGAAAUGAAGGGUGAUUAUAAUCCUGCUCUGAAGCCAAAGAAGGCGCGCAAAAAGGACAAAGACAAGCAAAAGAAAAUGAAGGAAAAGCUUUUCGAUUGGCGUCCAGAGAAAAUGCGCGGAGAACGUUCGAAGCACGAACGAAUUGUCAUUUUACGUAAUUUAUUCGAACCGAAACUAUUUGAUGAGCACGUUGAGUUAAUUUUAGAAUUCCAGCAAGAUUUGCGAGAAGAGUGUUCUAAACUUGGAGAAGUUAGACGUGUGGUUUUAUAUGAUAGGCAUCCAGAAGGAGUUGCCCAAAUAACUAUGGCUGAGCCCGAACAAGCUGACGCCGUUGUCGCCUUGAUGAACGGUAGGUGGUUCAAUAAACGACAACUGAAAGCAGAAAUCUGGGACGGUAAAACAAAAUUCAAAAUUGGAGAAACCGACUCAGAGAUAAGUCAACGUUUGGAGGGUUGGGAUAAAUUUUUGGAGGGCGAAGAAAAGGAGAAAGAAAUAAUUGAGUAAUACUUUAUUUGUAAUUGGUUUUUACUUUGUUAUUACUAGUAUUAGGUUUAGUUUUUGUUUUACAGAAUGACAAAAUUUUACUUAAUUGCGAUUAGUUGUUUUCAAUAUGUAUAUUUGUUAAUUUAAUGUUGCAUGGAUAAAUAUACUUUGCGAAUAAAUUGCUUCAUUUGACGCUGGAGUAUAAUGCUAAAGAACGUUAAAUAAAAAGAAACGCUUACAAAGAAAAUCCUGUUUUUAUGUUUUGUGAUC